UCCCACCAAAAUAUAUAUAUAUGUAACUACUACAAAAAUAUCCAGAUUUCGCGCCCCUAAGCGUUGGCGCAGUACCGUUGCUGGUGUAUUUUCUUCCUACUGUCAUUUUCAUAUAAUUACAAUUCUCAACUACUUCAACUACUGUUGAAACUCGGUUGGUUUUUCAAAAACCUUCGCUGUUGUUGUCGAGAAUGGAGCCACCAGCCAAAAAGCAGAAGAAGCUGCUCAUGGACGAUGACAGUUCCGACGAAAGCAGUGACAAUGGAGGAGCCCUGCUAGACAAUGGGGAGAAUGUCGGAUUCAAAAUCAACGAAGAGUAUGCGAAACGGUUCGAGUAUAACAAGAAGAGAGAGGAAUUACAACAAUUGGAGGAUAAAUAUGGUAAAUCGAUUGGCCUUGGGAAGCGCAAAAAGGCGGCGGAUGGCGAUGUCGACACAGCGGACGCAUCUGAAGAAGAAGAAUCAUCGUCUGACUCCGAAGAUGAAGACGACGAAGGUGUGCUCGCAACCGAAGCCCUCGACCGCGAAAUAUUUGAUACGUUAAAUGCCAUCCGCUCCAAGGACCCCAGGGUCUACGAUGCCAAUGCCAAAUUCUACAGCGAAAUCAAAGAAGCAGAGGACGAGCCGGAGGACGAGCCGGAGGCGUCGUCUGCGAAGAAGGAGAAGCCUAUGUUCAUACGUGAUUACCACAGAGAAAAUCUGCUGCGUGGCGCCAGUGGCGGCGAGAAUGAGACUGAGGAGGAGGAGGAGGAGGCGCCCAAGACCUUUGCGCAGGAACAAGAAGAUCUGAAACGGGAGAUUAUCAAAGAAAUGCACGCCACCAACGAUGCGAGUGGUGGCGAUGGUGAAAAUGAGGAUGAGGAUGAAGAUGGUGGCUUUCUCAUUCCGAAGACAAAGCGAACCGUCACUGAGACUACAGAGAUUCCUGUGUUGGAUGUUGAAUCCGCGGACAAAGACCCUGAAACCUUCCUGUCCAACUUCUUGAAAGCCCGGGCCUGGGUCCCGACCGAAAAGUCGAAAUUCCAGCCCUUAGAAUCCGAUGAUGAGGAGGAGGACCAGCAGGCUGAGGCUUUCGAGGAAGCAUAUAACCUCCGUUUCGAGGACCCAAAUAAAAUGAACGAGGUGCUAGUGACACAUUCUCGAGACACUACCUCCAAAUUCUCCGUUAGAAGAGAAGAAGCUAGCAGCAGGAAGAAGAAGAGAGAUGCUGAACGGGCGAAGAAGGAAGAGGAGAAGCGGCAGCGUGAGGCGGAGCGCAACCGCCUUCGAAAACUGAAAAUCGAGCAACUUGAGGACAAGGUUGAGAAGAUCAAGGCUGCUGCGGGGCUGCGGACGUCGGAUUUCAGUGAGGAGGACUGGGCGCGUUUCCUUGACGAUGGUUGGGACGAUGCGAAGUGGGAUGAGGAGAUGAGGAAACGGUUUGGAGAAGAUUACUACGCUAAGCAGGAGGGUAGUGAUGACCCUGAUGGUGAAGGCGAGGGCGCUGGCAGCUCCAAGAAACGAAAACUGAAGAAACCCAAGUGGGACGACGAUAUCGACAUCAAGGACUUGGUUCCUGAUUUCGAUGAGGAAGGGGGCGAGAUGCCUCAGCUUAGUGACAUGGAUAUGCAAGAUGCAGGGGAUGUUGAUGGAGAAGGAGAUGAAGAAGACGACGCCACUGAACCAAAAUCCCACAAGAACAGCAAAAAGAAGGCCCUCCAAAAUAAAAAGGAGAAACAAAAAGAAGCUAGAAAAGAGCGCCGCAAAAUCGAACAACUCGUCGACAAGAGUCUCGAUCUCGACCUUGACGCAACCCUGCUCCCCGGCGCCUCCAGGAAACACAGCGGACACUUCCGCUACCGCGAAACCUCCCCCGUCAGCUUCGGCCUGACGGCCCGAGACAUCCUCAUGGCGGACGACAGCGCCCUGAACCAGUUUGCCGGGUUAAAGAAACUGGCGUCAUUCCGUGACCCGGAGCGGAAGAAGAGGGACUUGAAGAGGAUGGGGAAGAAAGCGCGGCUACGGCAAUGGCGCAAGGAGACGUUUGGCGAUGAGAACGGACCCCCUGCUGACUUUGCGCUGCCGCCAUCGACGCCCCAGGGCGCGUCGGCUGACGCGAAGGGUAAAGAUGAGGUGGUUAAGAAUAAAGAUGAUGGGGCGAUGGAGGUGGAUAUUCGCGAAGGGAAAAAGAAGCGGAAACGGUCGAAGAAACAUUGAGGGUGAGAUGAGUGAGGAGUAAUAGUACCCAGUCCACAUAUUUUUGGGGAGAGUGUUGGAGAUGCAAUGGUAUUGUACUGCUAUUUUUCCCCAUAGUUAGAUAUCCUUUUAUCUGUAGUCAUAUACUAGGAGAACAAAAAAUGAAAUGGUCGUUUUUAUGUUAUUACUACAUUACUGACUACAUGAUUUUAUAGAAUAAGUAACCUCGUAAAUUCAAUGCAAAAUAUCUCAUGAUCAGAUCUAAGGACGGUGUCCUGAACAAAACAUCCGGUGGGUGUCCAUGAAGUCUCCUGUAAAUUAUAUGGAACUACAACAUUCCUAGUUUCAGAUAUCCGAAGCAGCGGAAGUCCUCUGCAAU